AUUUAAAGGCUGUGCAAAUUUGAAUUUUCAUAAGUUAAAAACUGUCUUUCUCUAGUUUUGAUUUUUAAUAUGUGUAUUUUGUAAACCAUUAAUUUCCUGUAUUAAUAUUUUACGAAGACAAUUCAACUAGCACUCACUUUUUAUCUAUUAAUUGCGUUUAUAUUAAGUACUGGACCACUUUAGCAAUGACAAAACCCAAUUCUGUGAAGUCUAAACUACAUGAUGAAAUUACUACUUAUAUGAAAAAUAAUACCAAAUGGUUUGAAUAUUUAAUAAACGAAUUGCCCUCAUCUUGGGAAAACUACAAUGGAUUUAUUGUAUUUUCAUUUCCCUCAUUUAUGAGUCACAUUUGGCUUGAAGCUGGACCUGGAAUUUGGCAGGUUAUUUGUAAAAGUCUUAAAGCACACAGCAUUGCAAUUAAAGGUAGAAUUCAGAAUGAUUCAUUUCGGACUCCUCAAGCAUGUUUAGUAUAUGGUAGUUCUCCUGUUAUUACAUAUAUUGAUAACAAAAUUAGGUAUUCUUGGAAUGUUGAAAAAACUAUGUUUUCUGCUGGCAAUGUGACUGAAAGGCAUAGAAUUGCUUCGUUAAAGUGUGAUAAUGAAGUUAUCGUUGAUCUUUUUGCUGGGAUUGGAUAUUUUACAUUACCUUUCUUAGUCCAUGCUAAUGCUAAAUUGGUACAUGCCUGUGAAUGGAAUCCUGACGCUAUUGACUCAUUGAGGAGAAAUCUUCGUCUAAACAAAGUUGAAGAUAAAUGCAAAAUAUAUGAAGGAGAUAACAGAAAGAUAAGCCCAAAGUUUGUUGCCAAUAGAGUUAAUAUUGGUUUGAUUCCUUCUUCUGAGAAAUUCUGGAAAACUGCUUGCGAAGCAUUGUUGCCAUCUGGUGGUAUUCUGUAUGUACAUCAGAAUAUCACUUCUCGAAUUUCGACCAACCAUGGAAAUUGUGAUUUUUGUAAAAUGCUUAAAGAAAGAAUCAAAUGCGACCUGGGUGGGAAGAUUGAAGUUCCAAAGAUAAAACUUUCAAAAAAUACCGACUUUGAAAUAGAGUUCGGAACUGAUUCGUGUAUAACAUGGAAGCAUUCAGAGUGGUUUGUUUUUUCGAUUCAUUUGUCUCAUAUUUUGAUAGGUAUUUUGGAAAAUAUUCACAAUUAUAAAUGGUUAGUCAGUGUUGAUGAUGUUGUUAAAGUGAAAUCUUAUGCACCACAUAUUGACCACUUAGUGUACACUGUUUCAUGCAAACCACAAAACUGAACGAUUUUAUCUGUGAUUGUAACUUGUUAAAUGUGUAAUCAUAAAUGUAAAAUUUUUUUAAACUUAUAAUGAUAUUUAAUCAUUUUUAUAAUAAAUAUAUUUUAGAUAUUAAAAAUUGCAAAUCGAC